CUAUAUAUACAGCAAGCCAGUGGUAGCUGCACAGCAAAUCUGACAGGGUCGAACACUAAAGGCACAGCUUGUCACAACGCGGAAAAGCAUUUUGGGAAGUUCUUUCUUUGCACCAAGAGACACCACCCACUCUAGUCUCCUCACCGACUGACAGGGACUGGCGUCGUCGUGAUUUCUGUAGCUUUGACAACAGAAUGGAAAAUGAACACACAGGAGACAGGAUGGACUCAGCGAACACAUUGAGCUCAGACGUCACAGACUCCAGUAAAAGAGUAAGUUAUUUGAUUGAGAAGUAUAAAGAUGUAGGAUUUGGUCAGCCUCGGAAAUUCUCUAAGGAGCCACAGUCUCAAGUCUGCAUGUCCUCCGUAGUGCGUAGUUUUGGAAACGUUGGCACUUUGUGCGCUGCGCCUCCUAGCUCAAGCAACAACAGUGCCAUGUUCAAAGACUGUACUGUCAGAGAUAACGCCUCACUUGUCAAUAAAGCUUUUUAUGACCGCUCUGACCCUGUGCGCUGGACAGAGGUGCGUGGUAUAGAGGGAGUGAAGGAUUCCACGUUACCGCAGCCGAUCCCAACAGUAGCUCAUGAAAGUUUGCAGAGAGCGGCUACGAACAUGACAUCGACACCCAGUUCAACCACAGCCACCGGAGUUUGUAGGAUCAUCAAAGAUGAGAAGGAGCCGUCACUAAUCAUGGAAACACCGUGUCCCGAUUUUGACCUAACGGCCAACAUCCCUACCCUCGAAACCUGUUAUGACAGCGAGAGGAAACAACAACCGUUAGGUUUUCUGGAUGAUUCGGCAGCGUCUUUCCCCACCUCCGCGCCUGGACAACAAGUACUAUUGGACUGUUCACCGAACUUUCUAGUCGACUUGAAUCAGAACGACCAGAUGUCGACGGUUCCCCAGGUCCGUGCAGACUCACGUGGUGUUCCCUUUCCUACUCAUCCCGGUAAGGGCAUGCUGAGUUUUGAUGUAAUGAGCAGUAACGGACAGGGUCCACAGCAGCAUUUGAUGAUUUAUAAGAGUGAAAUGCCCAGAUGGUCCAUUCAGACCUCUCCUACUCAUUCCUCGUUUUGGUGCCAGUCCAGCGGGGUCUCCGAGGACCAGUACCCACACCAUGGCUACUCCUCCCCGGAUGGAAUUCACACCUCAGCCCUGCUCCAGCGGUCCCCAACCUAUACAGGAUAUGGCGGUGUUCCACCCCAGAGACUAUGUAUGAUCUGUGGAGAUGAGGCCUCAGGGUGUCACUAUGGGGUCCUCACAUGUGGAAGCUGCAAAGUGUUCUUUAAACGAGCGGUCGAAGGACAUCAUAAUUAUCUCUGUGCCGGUCGAAACGACUGCAUCGUGGAUAAGAUACGGAGAAAGAAUUGCCCUGCGUGUCGCCUGAGGAAGUGCUACCAAGCUGGGAUGAUGCUCGGAGGGCGGAAGCUGAAGCGUUUUGGGGCCCUGAAGGCAGGCCCAGCCUUGAUGUUCCAGGGGGCCUUAUCAGCCCUGGGAGAUGGUCUGGCCCCAGCCUUGAUGUUCCAGGGGCCCUUGUCAGCCCUGGGGGAUGGUCAGACCCUGGCCUCUCUACCCUGCAUGCCUGGCCUCAACGAGCUGCAACUCUCCCCUCAGAUCAUCAGCAUUCUGGAGAGCAUUGAGCCUGAGGUGGUGUACUCUGGCUAUGACAACUCCCAACCUGACAUGCCACACCUCCUCCUCAACAGUCUCAACAGACUGUGCGAUAGACAGCUGUUGUGGAUCGUCCGGUGGUCCAAGUCCCUGCCAGGGUUCCGUAGCCUCCACAUCAACGACCAGAUGACACUCAUCCAAUACUCCUGGAUGAACCUAAUGGUGUUCUCUCUGGGCUGGAGAUCUUUCCAGAACGUCACCAGUGAAUACUUAUAUUUCGCUCCUGAUCUUAUCCUUAGCCAGGAUCGUAUGAGGAGAUCUCCCAUAUAUGAUCUGUGUCUGGCCAUGCAGUUCAUCCCUCAGGAGUUUACCAGCCUCCAGGUCACCAAAGAGGAGUUCCUCUGUAUGAAAGCCAUCAUGAUUCUCAACACUGUUCCAUUGGAGGGUUUAAAGAGCCAGGCCCAGUUUGAGGAGAUGAGACAGAACUACAUUCGGGAGCUGACCAAGGCUAUCCAUCUGAAGGAGAGAGGCAUGGUGGCCUCCUCUCAACGUUUCUAUCAUCUCACCAAGCUCAUGGAUGCCAUGCAUGAGAUUGUGAAGAAAGUGAACCUGUACUGUCUUAGUACCUACAUCCAGGCUGACGCCAUGAAGGUUGAGUUCCCUGAAAUGAUGUCAGAGGUCAUCUCCUCCCAGCUCCCCAAGGUCCUGGCCGGCAUGGUCAAGACCCUCCUCUUCCACGCCAAGUGACCAAUCACAGGAGACAACCAAACCUGCACCGCGCAAAGCACCAUGGAAGAAUAGAAUAUACCCAAAGAGCAAGAGUUGAAUAAAUAUUUUAUAAACAUCAUCAUAUAUCAAAUCAAAUAUCGACCAAAAUGUUAUGUUGAUUUGAAAAUAGGUCUUUGUCCGGUGGGUGUAUCAUAUCUUUGAAACUAAGAAAAUUUAAGUUAAACGUGAAGGUUUUGGGGAGGUGAUAUUUGGACCAAGUUAAACAUGAAGGUUUUGGGGAGGUGAUAUUUGGACGAAGUUAAACAUGAAGGUUUUGGGGAGGUGAUAUUUGGACCAAGUUAAACAUGAAGGUUUUGGGGAGGUGAUAUUUGGACCAAGUUAAACAUGAAGGUUUUGCGGAGGUGAUAUUUGGACCAAGUUAAACAUGAAGGUUUUGGGGAGGAAUUAGUUGGGUUUAUGUUUGUGGCAGAAUGAUUCCUUCUCCAAGGUCUGUCUGCCCUGUCUGAAGUCCAAUAGUCCUGCCAGCAGGCAGAUAUGUCCUCCAGUCAAACCUCUUAGAACUGUGAUUCCUUCUCCAAGGUCUGUCUGCCCUGUCUGAUGUCCUAUAGUCCAGAUAUGUCCUCCAGUCAAACCUCUUAGAACUGUGAUUCCUUCUCCAAGGUCUGUCUGCCCUGUCUGAUGUCCAAUAGUCCAGAUAUGUCCUCCAGUCAGACCUCUGAUGUCCAAUAGUCCAGAUAUGUCCUCCAGUCAGACCUCUGAUGUCCUAUAGUCCAGAUAUGUCCUCCAGUCAGACCUCUGAUGUCCUAUAGUCCAGAUAUGUCCUCCAGUCAGACCUCUGAUGUCCUAUAGUCCAGAUAUGUCCUCCAGUCAGACCUCUGAUGUCCAAUAGUCCAGAUAUGUCCUCCAGUCAGACCUCUGAUGUCCAAUAGUCCAGAUAUGUCCUCCAGUCAGACCUCUGAUGUCCAAUAGUCCAGAUAUGUCCUCCAGUCAGACCUCUGAUGUCCAAUAGUCCAGAUAUGUCCUCCAGUCAAACCUCUGAUGUCCUAUAGUCCAGAUAUGUCCUCCAGUCAGACCUCUGUGGUGAAUCCUUCUCCAAGGUCUGUCUGCCCUGUCUGAUGUCCAAUAGUCCAGAUAUGUCCUCCAGUCAGACCUAUAGUCCAGAUAUGUCCUCCAGUCAGACCUCUGAUGUCCAAUAGUCCAGAUAUGUCCUCCAGUCAGACCUCUGUGGUGAAUCCAUCAAAGAUACUGUAACGGUGCCUCCCUUCAAUUCACUCUUAUCUUUUGAGGUGGUAGAAUUUUAUAUAUAGAAGUUGUGUUAGCAUUUUUAAUUUGUGAGAAUUACUGUUUUGCUAGACUUGUAAGAGAGCUAGGUUACGUCCCAAAUUGCACCCUAUUCCCAACAGUGCACUGCUUUUGACCAGAGUGCCAUGGGCUCUGGUUGAAAGUAGUGCACUAUGUAGGGAAUAAGGGUGCUGUUUGAGACGCAACCUUAAAACUGGUGUACCAAGUUUUGCUUUUUGCGUUUUGUUUUCAGUUACGUACAUGUCACACUCCCUGCUUCAUGGCUGGGCAGGCAUUUAUAUAUCUCAUGUUCCGAAAGUUACAUUUUCAUACAAAAUACACAACGCCAUUCUAUUUCAUGUACCAUUAAAUUACAUAACCACUAUUUUUUUAUCUCAUUGAGUUAAAAUAUAUGUUAAAAGAGAGACCUGUAAAGGGAGCACAAGGGGAAUGAUGUUAUUUCAAUGCCAUUGCUAUUCGCAGAAAUGUGGAAAAAUAAAUGUUCCAUUGCUCUGCGAUAAGGAAAUACCAUCUGAACCUCCCUCCCCGAUCCUCAAGAUAAAGACAUAUAGAGCGAGACAGAGAUAAAAAGAGAAAAAGAGGAGAGCGAUAGUGGGAGGAAAAAGAGAGAGAUGAGAGAGGAGAGAGAUAAAGGGAGGAAAAAGAGAGAGAUGAGAGAGAUAAAGGGAGGAAAAAGAGAGAGAUGAGAGAGAUAAAGGUAGGAAAAAGA